AUGGAUCGAAGGCAGAGUAGCCCGGGCUUUCGAUCAACUCCGAUCGAUCUGAAACGUGGACCCAAUAUACUUCAAUCCAUGUCCAGUUUAGGCUCGAUCGAAUCAUUUCAAGUGGGUCAAAAGUCAGGGCAUUAAAAAGCUUUUAGUUAUAUGAAAAAUGAGUGAAUUCGUUGCAGGUUGCCAUCAAAAACGACGUGAACGUCUUCUAUUUUGCCACCACCGUUCCGUUGAUUGUCUACUUUCGAGAGGAUGGACAGGUGCGGUUUUUCUCAUCGUUUGUUGAAAAACCCAAAAUUGUAGAUGGAAAAGCGCGAGUUUCUGGAAGAGUGGAAGAGCAUUCCGGAGGCCAACGAGCAGCAGUUCACGCUGCAAAAUACGCAGAAUAUGAAUGCUGGUGAAUAAGGAAAUCAGCGGAAAAUUCGAAUAAAAGAAGGAAUUUCAGAUGCAAUCUGCACAAGACUGCAACAGAACAAUAUUCAUACGGUGGCGCGGCGACAAGUGGACAACCAGCAACUAUUGUACCAUUCCGUCAAGUACACGAACAAUUUGAAUGUGCUCUCGGAGCUGAAGGUCAACUCGCAAACGACCACGAUUACGGUAUGCGCCUUUAAAUUGUUUUCUCGUAAUUGUCAAGACAAAAUUGCCAUUUUUUUCAGCUCUCGCUCAAAUCGAAAAAUCUGAUGGCGAUAGCGAACAUCAACGAGAUCUUCCAGUCACUUCUCAACUGA